AUGCUAAUUCCAGUGCAGCACGGUUAUUUCAUCCUCUGGGAAUCCCACACGGCAAAUCCCACCGGCCAGUACCGGCCCAUAUGGGCUCUAGCCCUGGCAACGUCUCAGGUCCUGGAAGUGCACCGCGCCCUUUCGCCCGCACCGGUGCCGCCCUGCGUUUUGGAGAGCAACGCCUAUGGCGAGAUUCCCGCGGUGGCGCAGGUCACCUUCCGCAGUGACAUUGGACAGCUGGCUUUUUGGCCUGUGCAAGGUCUCUACUUCGACCACGGCUUCGACGCGGUGACGCCCAUGCACAACGUCUCCUCGCAAAUCGUCUGCGACGGCCCUGGCACGGUGCUGCAGCGGGGUCUGGGAUCGAAGCUGGCCAUGCUUCACGUAGCGGAAACGGAGACCAGGACUUCAGGAGAACUGGUGAUCACAGUGCUGGAUGCCCGGUCCAACCUAUCCUCCACCAGCAUGUGUCCCAUCCGCGUGUUGACGGACCGCAGAGAGGGCCUUCCGAUGAUUUACAUCGACAUGCCCACGCCGAACGCCUCGUUCUUGCUCUCGGGCACCUUGGGUGCGCGCACAGCGGACGCGCUCUCCGGGAUGGAAAUGGCCGUGCCCAGCUUCGGCUUUAUCUCAGCAGCACCAAGCACGCCAUGCUUGGUGAAGCUGGAGGUGCCCCGCGGCGCCCUGGUAGCACCGCAUCGCUCUCAUCGGAUGGACGCCACAGAGUGGACGGAGGAGCGCCGGGGCAGCUACCGGCUGCUGGCCGACAGCGUUGACGCGGCGACGGAGCUGACGCAGCGGCUGCGCUUCCGGGUGGCCGAGGAGGAGAUCGACAGGCAGCCGCUAGUGGUGCCCAUGACGAUCUCUGUCUUUGCCCUUCCCAGCGGUCAGAAGAGCGAUAUGGAGAGAGGGGUCUUGCCCCUCGCCUGCUGCUAA